AUGGUAAUUCAAUUCCUAAAACCUCCCAAGAACCUCUCGAUACUCUGCUUAUGCUUCUGCGUCUGUUAAGAAAUGCAAAGAACGGCGCCCCCAACGGCAGCAUGGCCCUCUCCCGUCUCCUUCCUCCCCGUCCGGCCGUCCACUGCCAGAAUUCCGGUGACAACCCAAUUCUCAAAAUCCCUCCUUUCUGCAUCUAUUCGAUGAUUUUGUGGAUUUUAGGCACUGGUUUUCAUGGGGGCAAGAAGAUGGUCGUCCUCUACGGCUCCGGAACAUCUGCCGCCACCGGAGAAGAGGGCCGGCUGCAUGAAUGAGCCCAUGAGCAACUCUGCGGAUACGGCAAAAGUUGAAAGCAAAACGGCACAAUUGUCAUGGCCAUUUAUCCAUGGCAUGUUUUCUAAGUGGAUGGGAAUUCUUGUUAAUAAGCGAGAGAGUGAUGAAAAAAAACUCGAAGCUGUCGCAUCAUCAUCUGUGGCAGUAGCAACCCAAGAAUCCCAAGUAACAGGGGAUGAUGCCUUGAACUUGUCUGCCACCACUGCUUCCAAGGCUAUUGAAGAACCUAAAAAUCAGAAUUCGAAGCAGUGUGAGGCAAAAUUGGGAUUGUCUGGCAGUGAAAGGAGAAAUUAUGCAUCUACUAUAAUCAAGGAAGUUUCGAUGGAGGAUGUUUUAAAUUCCGGAGAGAUGCUUGAUCAUCCACCUUCUGGGGAUGUUACUAAGACAGAAAAGGCCAUUGAACUGAUAGAAAUGGCAAAUCAAGGGACAGAACAUGAGCGACCUAACUCAACCAGAGAGGGCCCUGGCAUGAAAAUUAAGAGCCCUGCUGGUAGAACUGAUGAAACUGAACGACUUUUAAAAAUUCUGGAGCUGAUCGUCACAGAAAAUAAGCAGACAGAACUAGAUAACGGUGUUGUGAAAGUUUCUAGGCGAGAUGCUAUAAGUCGCCAAGUCAUGUCAGAAUCAAAAACAGGUCCAGGAAUGAACGAACUGGAAGCAACUGAAUCUUCAAAUAGAGCAAUAAAGGAUAAGGGACCUUUGCUAAAGAGGAUAAGUGCUGAGCAGUCAAAAGAAAUGGUCGCUGUGACAAGCAACUCUCUGCCAGGACAUCUUGACAAGAGAAACAAUCUAUCAGCAGGUGAAAGGAAAAAAGACGAUAGAAUUAAAGGUCUGAUGGACUAUAUUAUGAAUAUUCCAUUGGAGUACCCUCAAGUCAGGUCCCGAGAUACUGAUGCUAUUCGUGAAAAUGGAAAGAUGAGCCAGAAAGGCUCUAAAAACCUUCGCCAGCAACUCUCAGAUAAGGAGAAACCUGCUAUUAAAAAGCAAACAACUCAUGAAGUGGAUAAACAGAAGUCUAGGAAUGGUGCUUCUCAUCCAGUCAUUUACCAUGUGGCAUCAGAAUUAUCGGGUUGUGUUGUCCCCCUGGACGUGAAGAGCCUUGGCAGAACUCCUGGCAGCAAGUCAAAAAAUGCCCAUGUUUCUCAGACAGAUCGACUUCAGCAAAUGGUGGAGGGAAUGGAUCGCGUCAGGAAACCUGAUGGCCACUAUGAAUCUUCUGAUACUUGUCCAAACAUUACAAUUCCCGAGACAAUCAAUGAUCCUGAUGUUCCUAAUGCCUUGCUCAAGAAUCCAACAAGAACAGUUAAGAUAGUGGGGUUGACUCAUGGGGUCACCUUAUAUCAGCUGAAGGAAUCCCUCGAAUUGAGGGCAGGCAGCAUAUCGAGCCUCUUUCUGGGUUCAUCUAGUUCAGUUGCUUAUGCUGAAUUCAAGACUCAGGACGCCAAAGAAACAGCAAUUGCUCUACACUCCAUAAAUGUUGCAGGGAAGCACCUUAGAUUACUGAGGGUCGAUUCCCCCAAAACUAAUGUUGUCAGAAUAUCUAAUCUAAACAUGAUCUCAGUUAAGGACAUCACUUCCAUUUGUGAGCGUUAUGGACGGGUCCAGAAAGAGAUGCGCAGAUCAGAUGCCUUUGUCGAUGUUUAUUUUGAGCUCUUCGAAUUGCCUAACAUGUUGAGCAUUCUCAACAGUUUGAAUGGGAUGCAAGUAGAAGGAACUAGAAUGACUGCUGUUCCAGCUCCAGUUUUUCCCGAGGAAGUCCUUCGAGUGCUCUGGGAUCAACCGGGAGGAAGAAGACACUUGAAGUCCGUGUUGCAUAGUCUGUUGCAGAAAAUUGACUGCCAUAUUGAUACAUCCAGGUUAAGAGAUCGUCUCUCGGAAUAUUACACAGAUCAAUUGAGGUCGAACUAAGGGCUGUUGCGAUUUUUCCCCCCUUCCAAGUCAAUGAGAAAGUGCAUCACCUUCUACGAAAAGAAUAGAGCAAUUCAUCCCUCUUUGUGGGGGUUUUUGGUCUC